AUGUCUCACCAGAAAAAGCAGCCCACCCCAUGUCCCCCACCGGGUUGCGGAAAGACCUCUGGCGGCGGCGGCGGCGGCGGCGGCGGCGGCGGCGGCGGCGGCGGCGGCGGCUGCGGCUUCUAUAGCGGCGGUGGCGGGUCCAGUUGCGGAGGUGGCUCCUCCGGGGGCGGUUCCAGCUGCGGCGGCGGAAGCGGCGGCUGCGGCGGCGGCGGCGGCGGCAUCAAGUACUCCGGAGGCGGAGGUGGCUCCAGCGGCGGAGGUGGCUCCAGCUGCGGAGGUGGCUCCAGCUGCGGCGGCGGCUACUCAGGCGGCGGCUACUCAGGCGGCGGCGGGUCCAGCUGCGGCGGGGGCUCCGGAGGGGAUAUCAAGUACUCCGGUGGCGGCGGCUCCUCCGGAGGCGGCGGCUGCUACUCCGGGGGCGGCUCCAGCUGCGGUGGGGGCUCCUCCGGAGGCGGCGGCUGCUACUCCGGAGGCGACGGCUGCUACUCCGGCGGCGGCUCCAGCUGCGGUGGGGGCUCCUCCGGAGGCGGCGGCUGCUACUCCGGGGGCGGCGGCUACUCCGGCGGCGGCUCCAGCUGCGGUGGGGGCUCCUCCGGCGGCGGCGGCGGCGGCGGCGGCGGCUCCGGCUACUACUCUUCGCAGCAGACCACCCAGACCUCGUGCGCCCCGCAGCAGAGCUACGGAGGGGGAUCUUCCGGCGGCGGCGGCAGCUGCGGCGGCGGCUCCUCCGGGGGCGGCGGCGGCCCCAUCAUCUGCGGCGGCGGAGGCGGAGGCGGCGGCGGCUCCGGCCCCAUCUGCGGCGGCGGAGGCGGAGGCGGCGGCGGCUCCGGCCCCAUCUGCGGCGGCGGAGGCGGCGGCGGCCCCGGUCCCAUCUGCGGCGGCGGCUCCUCCGGGGGCGGCGGCGGCUCCUCCGGGGGCGGCUCUGGGGGUGGCAAGGGCGUCCCUAUCUGCCACCAGACCCAGCAGAAGCAGGCCCCUACCUGGCCAUGCAAAUAA